AUGGUGUCUUUCAAACCGUUCCGUCGCGAUGCGUCGACGGACGUCGAUAUUCGAUCUCCAGAUGAGAAAGCUUUGGUCCGACGCCUGGACAUUUGGCUGAUGACGUUCGGUUGUCUUUCGCAGGUCAUCAAGUAUCUCGAUCAACAAAAUAUCAACAAUGCUUAUGUAUCUGGCAUGAAAGAGGAUUUGAACUUGGUUGGAAAUGAGCUUAAUCUGUUCGGCACAUACUUCAGCGUCGCAUACUGUAUCAUGCUGAUACCCUCGCAAAUCAUCCUCACCUACGUGCGACCAAGUUACUGGCUCCCGGGGUUGGAGGUUGCUUGGGGUCUUAUGACCGGGUUGAUCGCGAUGACAACAAACGCCAAACAAGUUUACGCGCUCCGUGUGUUUCUCGGUCUAUGCGAGAGUAGUUCCUGGCCAGGCAUGAUGACUCUAUUCAUGUACUGGUACACACCAACCGAGCUAGCCAAACGAAUGGGAUUCUACCACUCUUGCCAGGCAGUCGGUCAGAUGAUGUCCGGAGCGAUGCAAGCCGCAAUUACCAAGACACUCGAUGGACAUGCUGGACUAGCAGGUUGGCGCUGGCUGUUUGUGAUCAAUGCCAUCAUAACCGUGAUUUGGGGCUUCGCAGGAUUCAUCAUGCUCCCCGAUCUCCCGAACCGGCCCAACCCGCGCGCGUUCUGGUUCAAGAAUGUGCACGCCGAGCUUGCUAUAGAGCGCCUUGCCCGUAACGGCCGAGCCGAGCCGAAGCGAAUGACAUGGUCAGGCGUCAAGCGCACCUUCGAGGGAUGGGUCGUCUAUUUCAUUGCAAUCUUGUAUACCGCCACAGUCCUGGGAACAUGGGGAUACAGCUAUUUCACUUUAUUCCUCAAAUCUCUCAAGAACCCCGACGGCAGCCCGAGAUGGCCGAUAUCGAUGGUCAACGCCAUUCCCAUCGGCGGAUCCGCGAUCAACGUCGUCUUCGUAUGGAUCUGGGCUUAUCUAUCCGAUUACUUCCAAACGCGAUGGGUGCUUAUCGUCGUCCAGGCGGUUAUUGGAAUCAUCCCGUGUAUCAUCAUGAGCAUUUGGAUCGCGCAUCCAACGACGGUUUCGGUAUCUGCUGCUUACGCAUCAUAUUUCAUCGCUUAUAUUCCUCUCGGCACGGCGCCGCUCAUCUUCGCCUGGCUCUCUGAUCUUCUCCCCCAGGAUCCAGAGGCUCGGUCGCUCAUUGUUGGCGUCGCUAUCGCUGGUUAUUAUGGCAUUUCCGCCUGGUCGCAAGUUCUUGUCUGGCCUGCGUCCGAAGCUCCAUUCUAUAGAUAUGGAUGGCAGUCUGCUUUGGCAUUGCUAGUGCUUGUGAUUAUCAUGACAUGUCUUUUGAGAUAUAUUGAUGUACGGUACCUCCUACCGAAGCGUGAGGAGUUCCGGGAAAUUCUAGCAGACAAUAUUGUUGCGAGUAAGGGACUUUUGACGGCUGGGUCUGCGGGUCAGACCAAUGCUUCGCAGCGAGAAUAUGGAACCUCCAAGGGAUCAGCUACAGCAAGCGUGAGUAGAGCUUAG